GGGCGGGGCCGGGCCGGGCCGGGCCGGGGGGUGCCGAGCCCACCCGGCGGCUGCGCCCGCGUCUCAGCAGCCGAGGCGCACGGUGGGGCGGCCCGGCCGAGGAGCGCGCACGGAGAGCGGGACGGAGCGCCGGGCGGGCGCACAGAAGGACGGACGGCCGCCCCCGCACACGCAGACGCACACAGCUCGGCGCCGCUCCCGGCACACACACGCGCGCACACACUCGCAGGGACACGGGCAGACACACGCACCCCCGAGCGCGAACCUCCUCCCGCCCUCCGGCCCGCCCGCCCGCGCCCGGAGCCCGGGGCCCGGAGCCCGGAGCCCGCUCUGGCCGGAGGGAGUGAGAGAACCACGCUGCUGAUGACUCCGAGGGAGGGGCCCUGGACAUGUGCUGCAGUGAGAGGCUGCCGGGUCUCCCCCAGCCGGUAGUGAUGGAGGCCCCGGACCAGGCCGAAGAGCUCACGGACCCACGGAGAGAAAUGCCACCGCCACCCCCUCCUUCAUCACCCUCUGAGCCAGCUCAGAAGCCGCCACCUCCGGGCACCUGGAGCCACUCCCUCACGGUCAAGAGCAGCCUGUGCCUGUUGGCUGCCUCCCAGUUCCUGCUUGCCUGCGGGAUGUUCUGGCUCAGCGGCUAUGGCCCCACCUGGUUGCAGAAUGCCACCCUCCUGGAACAGCUGGGACCCAGGGCCUGGCUGGGCGUUGGGACGUGGGAAGUCCCCAGUCUGCUGCUGGUCUCUCUGUCUGUGCUCCUCGUUACCAGCCUGGUGUGGCACCUCCUGAGGGCUCCCCCAGAGCCGCCCACACCACUGCCCCCCGAGGACAGGCGCCAGUCGGUAAGCCGCCAGCCCUCCUUCACCUACUCGGAGUGGAUGGAAGAUAAGGUCGAAGAUGACUUCCUGGACCUGGACCCCGUCCCCGAGACACCCGUGUUUGACUGCACGAUGGACAUCAAGCCUGAGGCCGACCCCGCCUCACUGACCGUCAAGUCCAUGGGUCUGCAGGAGAGGAGAGGCUCCAACGUCUCCCUGACCCUGGACAUGUGCACGCCCGGCUGCAACGAGGAGGGCUUCGGCUACCUCAUGUCCCCGCGCGAGGAGUCAGCCCGGGAGUACCUGCUCAGUGCCUCCCGCGUCCUUCAGGCCGAGGAACUCCACGAAAAGGCCCUGGACCCCUUCCUGCUGCAGGCAGAGUUCUUUGAAAUCCCCAUGAACUUUGUGGAUCCGAAAGAGUAUGACAUCCCUGGGCUGGUACGGAAGAACCGGUACAAAACCAUCCUUCCCAACCCUCACAGCAGAGUGUGUCUGACUUCACCAGAUCCUGAUGACCCUCUGAGUUCCUAUAUCAACGCCAACUACAUCCGGGGCUACGGUGGGGAGGAGAAGGUGUACAUUGCCACUCAGGGACCCAUCGUCAGCACGGUUGGCGACUUCUGGCACAUGGUGUGGCAGGAGCACACACCCAUCAUUGUCAUGAUCACCAACAUCGAGGAGAUGAACGAGAAGUGCACCGAGUACUGGCCGGAGGAGCAGGUGGUCUAUGAUGGUGUGGAGAUCACCGUGCGGGAAGUCAUCCACACGGAGGAUUACCGGCUGCGACUCAUCUCCCUCAGGAGCGGGACGGAAGAGCGAGGUCUGAAGCAUUACUGGUUUACGUCCUGGCCCGACCAGAAGACCCCAGACCGGGCGCCCCCGCUCCUGCACCUGGUGCGGGAGGUGGAGGAGGCUGCCCAGCAGGAGGGGCCCCGCUGCGCCCCCAUCAUCGUCCACUGCAGCGCAGGGAUCGGGAGGACCGGCUGCUUCAUUGCCACCAGCAUCUGCUGCCAGCAGCUGCGGCAGGAGGGUGUGGUGGACAUCCUGAAGACCACGUGCCAGCUCCGUCAGGACAGGGGCGGCAUGAUCCAGACAUGCGAGCAGUACCAGUUUGUGCAUCACGUCAUGAGCCUGUAUGAGAAGCAGCUGUCCCGCCAGUCCCCAGAGUGACCUCUCUGCUCCCCUGGGGUCCUCCUGGCACCACCCAGCCUGAGGCUGGGCCCUUACCCCAGCCUCACCCCCAGGGCCCAGCCUCAGGUCCUGGCCUGCUCCCUGCCCUGCCCCUCCUGCUUCCCUCUCUCCAGCUGGCCCUUGCCCCCAACAUAGCAAUUCCUACUGUAUAUAUUGGGGAGUGGGGCAGGGUGGGGGAGGGACGUGCCAGGCCAGGCCUGGGGCUCCAGGACCCGACCCACACCACGCCGACCUGGGGCCUCAGUUUUAACCAUGGUUCCAUUGCUACUUGAUCCAAAAUGUUUGUGCUGCAUUCCACGUGUCCCGAACAGCGUGUUCUGUCUGUCCAUCCAUCUCUGCUGUCUGUACCGGACACUGUGUCUCCUCAGCCUAGGAUAGGGGUCAUGAGCUCCAGCCCCUAAGCAGCCCAGGCAGAGGUGCCUGGCUUGGCCCCCACCCUGCUUCUCCCAACAGACAGAUUGCGUUUCACCCUCAGUUAUUGGGAUCGGGGUGGGGAGGAGGGCCGGAGGGCCUGGAGGUCAGGUGUGGGAAGCUCCUGGGUGGCCUCUGGGUGUCACAGGUCCUCAGGAGGCAGUGACCCGCCUGCGAGGCGUUGGGGAGGAAGGGGCAGAUGGGGCUGUGCACCCGGAGGACGAGGGCCCUGGUGGGGGUGGGAGGGAGAGGGGGAGCUCCGAGGGCGGGUUGGGAACUCGCCCCAGAUCCGUGGGAAACAUUUUCCGGUGUCACCGUGGGAAGCCUUCCCAGGAGUCUUGCUGCGUGCAGCUCUGCGUGUGUUCCUGUGUCCACGCGUGUGUUGAGAGCCCAUCAGCGGGGUAUGCAUGACUCUUCGGCAACAUGUGUUAUCUUGGAGCCACGUGUUUUUAUUGCUGACUUUAAAUAUUUAUUCCACGGCAGACAGAGACAUUUGGUGUCUUUUUAUAAUUUGCUCGUGGUCAUUGAAUAGAGCAAUAAACAGAGCAUUUUGAGCAAAA